UUUGUGGUGGCCUGGAUGCGGAGGAAAUCCGAGAACGCAACAAAGGCUCCGGUGGGCGCAGCGAUUCCGUGGAAGCGGUCGAUUCCGCCCGUUCAAGCGCCGCAGCGGCUGGCACCCACAUUUUCACCGAUUCCGGUGGUGGGUAUUUACCAACCUGCCAUCGGUUACAGCGUACCGGUUCCGCUUCUUUCUUUUUUCCGCCUGGCCACCGAAGACGAAGACAGAGCUCGCGCCUCCGGCCGCUCGACGCCCCCCGGCCAGCCGCUCGACGACCAACCGCCGCGCGCCGCCCCCGCUGCCCGCCCCCACGCGCCGCCCGCCGCCCCCGCGCCUCCACGCGCCAACCGCCGCCCCCGUCGCCCGCCUCCCCCGCCGCCCGCCCCCACGCGCCGCGCGCCGCCCCCGCGUCGUCGCAGAGUUUUGUCCGGCAGAGGAGGCAAGGGCGAGCAGAGGCGCCGAGAUGACUCCGGCAAUCAGAGGGACCGCGACCGCGAGCGUGUGGCGGCGCGGAAGCCCAACGCCAAGGGGCCCCAGGACGGGCUCACCCCGGAGCAGCGCCGCGAGAGGGACAAGAAAGCGCUGGAGGAGAAGGCGGCUAAGAAGGCGCAGCAGGCGGCGGCCGGCGCCACCGGUACGUCCACGGACAACAAGAACAAGGGCGGCGGCAAGAAGUAGGCGGCACUGGCGCCGCCAACGCGAGCGGCGCAACCUCUGUACGAUUAUCGAUGCCAUUAGCUUGUACCUUCGCAUCUAUAGAUGCGAUGUUUCUUGGGUCAUAAACUCGUCGUCUGCAAGCUUUCAGUUACCCGAUACAUCAUGAAUUGGUGAUGACAAUAAUACGUGGUGUUCUGGUUU